AUCCAAAGCCCACAAACCUCAUCGGCUGGCGCGGCAGUCCGUUUUCAACCUUCAGGCCGGCUGAAUGUGUUUGAGUCGCCGCGUUCGUGCCCUUGACAGCGUGGGUGUGUAUUGAAGCAAAAGUAAGAUGGAUUGCAAAAACAAAACUACCGAUAGUUUGGCGGUCAGUGACUACACUACUCUCCCAGUUUUCAAAAUAAGUUCACAGUGAAAAAACACGCGUGUUCAAAAAUAUAAACGAUACAUCUUUCACUAUAAUCGAAUAUCGGCUAAACAAAUAUAUAAUUGAUACGCGAUCGCGCGGAUGAACUCAACUGAAAUCAACUAUUCAUAGAGAGUUUGAUUUAUUGUCUAUUGGUGUGUAAACAGAGCCCGGAAUGACAAGAAGUCGAAACGGAGACCACCGCUGGAAAGUAUGAUAUGACUAAUCCGGUGUCCAGCUAUCGUUGCAAGUGUCACAAUAAAAAUCGUGCGAAUAGUUCGAUCAAUUAUUGUGAAUUAUUGGUGUUCUUAACCGCCUCGCCGGAAAUACUUGUUUUGAAUUUCAAAUCUGAAUUAGAUUUGAAAAGGAGCACGUUUGCAAUAUGUGUUGUCUGCUAUAAUUAUCUUCGAAAGUUAGUUCGAUUGUGUGGUGUCGGAUGAAAAGUAAUAAUUCGAGCAACAUAUGAAUAGUGAACCAAAGCAGUAACUGUUAACAAUUCCCUGGGCGCUAUCCAAUUCAAGACGAGGUUACAAAUCUGGAGCAGCAAACUGAGGAUGGUAGUUCAUAUAAGAAAGAAACAGAACAAAAGCAGGAAAGGAUAUAUGUUUUGAUUGUGUUACUCGAUAAAGUGAAUGCAAUGGAUCCGGAGGCAACCGAAACAACAACGAUACCAGCGUUUACGGAUCGUUUUUCGGCCAUCAGUAAGGACCUCUCGAUAUGGGCCAUCAUCGAUGGGGUGCUCAUAGUGUGCAUUUUGUGUGGAAAUAUUCUCACUAUUUUGGCCGUCCGAUACCAUCGCCGAUUGCGGCUGCUAAUUUCGAACAUGUUCGUAUUGUCACUAGCAUUCUCGGAUAUAUUCGUGGGACUAACGCUACCCUACCAUCUGGCUUUCUAUAUGGGACACGAGUUGGGUCGCGACAAACGAUUAUGUUUGUUACGAUUUUUCAUCCUCAUCAUCGCAUGCGGUGUUUCCAUUUGGAAUCUCAUUGCGAUAGCUGUUGACAGAUAUAUUGCCAUCUGCUAUCCGCUGCAUUACGCCCGUGUGAUGACAAAGAAGGUCGCUUUCGUCAUACUGAGCUGCGGGUGGUGCCUUGCCAUCCUCAUUGCAACCAUCCCACUUGUCUGGAACAAAUGGGAAACGGCGAUGGAGUGUGAGUUUGAUGAGCUGCUCCACCCAUGGUAUGUGGCUGGGGUAAUAACGCCGAUAUUCUCAAUCAUAUGGAUUUGUUUGUUUCUCGUUUACUGGAGAAUAUGGCGCGAGGCAGUGAAACACGCCAAACAACUGCGAGCACACAAUUCCCAGGAAGAAACGUCCGAUUGGAAGUCCGUGCAGGUUGUUCUGCUGAUAAUGGGAUGCUUCACAUUUUGCUGGCUACCAUAUUUCGUCGUGAUAUUAACUCAAAUAAAUACAAUCUUUGAACACAGUUCACCGACAGCUUACAAAGCGGUUUUCUCACUGGCAAUGGCCAAUUCAAUGAUGAAUCCAUUGAUUUACGCAUGGAAGAAUACCAAUUUUCGCUAUGCAUUCUCACAAUUGUUGCGUUGUCGAAAGCCCGAUCGUUUCGACGAAAAUCCUCGAGCAAAAAUGUCGAAUAAGAAGAAAAUUAGACGCAAGCGAGAUGUUGAUAACAGAGUACGGCGUACCAUGAACGGUAAUUCAUCACACAUUAAUAAAAUCAGCAUAGAGUCCGUGACACAAGGACAUGAUCAUGAGAUUACAUUCAUCUCGACGCUCCAUGAGGAGGCCAUAAACAGUACGCCGAUCCAGCAAGUAGUGGGAAACCUCAGUAAUGGGAGAAACAACACUUCAACUGAACCAACCAGCAUAACGACACAUAUUAUCAAAGGAAAUUUGAUAAUAAAUAACUAUAAUGUAUACGAAGGAAUUCUCGAUGUUAGAAAUGACAGCACCAGAAAGUCUAGUUCAUGGUCCAGCAAAGGACCACUGGAUAAAACUGAUGAAGGGGAAUAUCGGGCUGGAGAUGUGAAUCGAAAUAAAACCAAUCACAACUGUGAUAAUGAUGAAAUUGCGGGUAUUAGUAAUCCUAGUUUUCUAGAGGAUGUAACUAAAUUAUAGAGUAAAAAUCUUUGUACAAACUAUUUAUUAGAAGUAACUACUAUACGAUUUUUUUAUAAUUAAUGGCAUGUUUAACAGCCAUUUGUAUAGAGUCUAUGUAAACUGUUUUCCUUGAAAUAGAUUGG